AUGAAAGCAGCAGAGGCAAAUAAAUCACUUCCCACAGGAAAAGAGGAUUUGGGAGGAGAUGACUUUGUCAGCGUCAGAAAAAGAGACUUGGAAAGACUAUCUACGGAGGUGAUGCAGCUUCGGGAUUUUCUUCCCAACGUUAUAAACAGAGAUUUGAUGGAAACACUGUCGAGAACAUGUUCCAUAGAGACAAUGAGGCAGUGCAGCAGUCAGGAACAGAAACAGCUGAGGCAGGAGUGUCUGCACCUGCGGUCCCGUCUCAACUCUGCCCAGAGCGAGUGUCAGAGAGAGAGAGAGGAGAAGAUCGUUCUGAGGGAGCAAUUGUGGGAGUGCAGGGAACAGCUGCAGCAACAGGCAGAGUUUUGCACAAUGCUGGGAGCUGCCUCCUGCACUUUGCUCUGGAGCACCUCACGCAAGGAGGAGGCUGUGAGAGACAUCCUAGCUGACGGGAAGCUGGAGCCCUUUCUAAGCAUUGCAGGUCAGACAUUGGAGAGUUUUGUCAAGUCUCUAGAUGAGGAUGCAAAAACACAGCAUCAGGACUACAACUCCCAUGAGCACCAGUUUGUCCUGGCACUGGCAGGGGUUAUCACAAACUUAGCAGCUGUUACAUGUGGACGGGACUUUCUCGCUACCUCCGCCCAUGUUUUACUGGAUACACUGAUGCAGCUGCUGGCACUUCUAAAGCCUGGGGUCUUUCCAAAGCUCAAAGUGUUGAUAUUGAUGGCCCUGUAUAACGUGAGCAUUAAUAUAAAAGGACUGAAGCACAUCAGCGAAAGCCCUGGACUUCUGCGUCACAUCUACGGUCUUUUAGACGACAGGGAUUCAGAGGUCUGUCUCCACGCCUUGCGGCUGUUACAGUCUCUGUUGCUUGACCAGGAGGUUCUGAUCCAUCUGGCCCCAGACCUGUUAGAAUCGGUGCCUUGGAGUCGCAUACGCCAGCUGGCCUCCAGUCGCCACCCUGCCCUUAGACAGACUGCCCAGGAAACCCUGGAGGACUUGGGCACCGCCACGAUCACCCAAGAACCCAGUGUCGGAGAGAGGGUCAAAACCUCUCGCUGA